UGGCAUCAACAAAUGCAUUGGCGGUUACCAAUUGGCAAGGGCCAUCUUGGAGCGAACAACCAUUUACAUCAAGUCAUCAAUCAAAUUCAACGACUUUGUAUCAACCUCCGGGUGCACAGCGUUCAUCUCUUAACCCGGCAGCGCAAAGUUAUUAUAUGGGCAGUGCUCCGAGCGGUAGUCAGGGCGCAAGAGUGCUGUUUGAUAUGGGUUCCGAAGUGAACUUAAUUAUUGAAAGAUUGGUAUACAGAGCCAAUUUACCUAGACAACGAUAUUAUAUUGAAAUUGAAGGAGUCACAGGAAUAAAUGUAGCAAAUUAUGUGACAAUGAUUAAAUUUAGUCCAUGGUUUGAUGAUGAAGAAAGAAUUUGUAUCUUCAAAGUCUGCGUAGUAAUGAAACAGUUACCAAUAGCGCAGAGAACAGAAUGUAGAGCGGAUAUAAAAGAAUUUCAACAUAUAGUUAAAGCCGAUCCAAAAUUUAAUAGAGCUGGAUUUGCAGAUAUUUUAUUGGGCAUAGACACUUGGUCGGAAAUCCUUAUGGGCCAAGUUUUAUGGAGCAGUAUCGGUUUAUGUGCACAACUUACAACAUUUGGUUAUGCAAUUUUUGGUACCAUAGAAGCAACACCAAAAUUAUCAGCUUCUGUGUCGUACGUCGGUAGAGCAGUAAUGUGCAGUGAAGAAACUCAUCGUUUAGAUAAAUUGUUACAACGAUUUUGGGAAUGCGAGGAAGAGCUGAUCGUAGGAAAAGUUCUUUCUAAUGAGGAACAACAAGCCAUUGAAUACUAUCGCAAAACAACAAUUAGAGCAGAAGAUGGGCGAUUCAUUGUACGUAUACCAUUCCGAAAGUCGGACACUGAGUUGGGUCAGUCAAGAGGAAUCGCGUUGCAAAGAUUUUAUCAGUUGGAAAGGAGACUUGAGCGGCUUCAUGGAGUGCGGGAAGAGUAUCAUCGUUCCAUGCGGGAGGCCAUUGAAUCAAAACAUAUGCGAUUAGCUACGAUAAAAGAGCAGCAUGCCACAGGAUAUUAUAUUCCACAUCACCCAGUCCUUGCACGUUUUCGAAUCGUCUUGGAUGGAAGCUGUGCAACCACCAAUGGGAAGAGUGUUAAUGAUAUUCAGCUGGCAGGGCCGAAUCUUCAAGAGAAAUUGGCACAUGUUAUCAUGCGAUUCCGGUUUCAUAAAUAUGUAUUAUCAGCAGAUAUAAAGAAAAUGUUUUUGCAAAUAAGAAUGAACGAUGAGGAUUUAAAAUAUCAAAAAAUCUUCUGGCGUUUCAACAAAGAUGAUCCAUUGCAAGAAUAUGUGCUGCAGACAGUGAUAUUUGGCAUGAAAUCGAGUCCAUUUUUGGCAAUUUUUACUAUGCUGGAAUUAGCAAGAAUUUACGAGAAACGAUUUCCAUCUGCAGCAAGAGCGGUUAAGAGCGAAAGAUACAUGGAUGACUUCAUGUCUGGAGGUGACUCCCUUGAGGAAGUUACACGCCUGUAUCGAGAGUUGAAUCAAAUGAUGGCCUUGGGUAAGUUCGAGUUAGGCAAAUGGAAGACAAAUUGUCAUGAGCUGUUAAAUCUCAUAAAUAAAGACGUUGGUGCGGAUAAUGAACCCCUUGAGCUGACAGACGAUUCAACAUCCAUUUUGGGAUUAAAAUGGCAACCGAGCAGUGAUUGUUUCAUAUUUUCAAUUGAAGAGCAGUGGGAUCAGAAUAAACCUAUUACAAAACGUACCAUAGCAGGUCACAUAGCGAGAAUUUAUGAUCCAAGUGGAUACUUAGCACCGAUAAUGAUCAAGGCCAAAGCAUUUUUACAAAGGUUAUGGAAAUUAAAGGUGACAUGGGAUGAAAAAUUGAAUAAAGAAAUUUGUAAUGAUUGGAUAAAUUUUCAUUCAACUCUAUCGGCAAUCAAUAAGUUUCGAAUUCCACGAUGGAUUCAAACAACAAAGGGCAGAGAAAUUGAGCUGAUUGGGUUUGCAGAUGCAUCAGAACUCGGCUAUGGCGCAGGAAUUUAUGUGCGUUGUUCAAGUGGUGCGAGCAGCUGGUGUAAUUUAUUAACAUCCAAAACUAGAGUAGCUCCAGUGAAGACCGUGACAAUACCACGUCUUGAAUUAUGUGCAGCGGAACUACUCGCAAAAUUGAUGUUUAUAAUACGAGAUAAAUGUGAAUUGAAAUAUGUGCCGUAUGAGUGUUACUCAGAUUCAUCGAUCACUUUGAGCUGGAUCAGGAGCUGUCCCUCCAAAUUAAAAAUUUACGUAGCAAAGAGAGUACAAUUGAUUCAAAAUCUUGUGCCGAAAGAACAUUGGUUCUAUGUACCAUCAAAACAGAAUCCGGCUGACAUUGCCUCAAGAGGAAUGUUAGCAACCGAAUUAAUACAGUGCAGUUUAUGGUGGCAUGGUCCACAAUUUAUUUUUGUUAAUCGAGAUAGAAGAGAAAGAUUUCAGCCAGAAUUCACUGGUGAGGAGCGGAACACUAUUCAAAGCGAAUAUCGGGCGGCCGUCACGGCCAACAUAG